AUGUCUAUUCACCCAAAGCCUGUGCCUCUCGUGGCACCUGGACAUACCCGCCCAGUAACUCACCUUUCUUUUUCACCGCUGCAAGACGAUGGCACCUAUCUUCUCGUGUCCAGCUGCAAAGAUGGCAAUCCGAUGCUUAGAGAAUGGACCGGAGACUGGGUAGGCACAUUUUUAGGUCACAAGGGUGCAGUAUGGAGCACAAAGCUCUCUCCGGAUGCUUCGCGAGCGGCAUCGGGAAGUGCUGACUUCACUGCAAAAAUCUGGGACACAUAUUCAGGAGAUGUGUUGCACUCAUUUCCUCACAAUCAUAUUGUUCGAACUGUGGCAAUCUCUCCGACGUGUUCUCACCUUCUUACUGGUGGCCAAGAGAAGAAGGUCAGAAUAUUUGACCUUGCACGGCCAGACGUGGAGGCGGACUUCCUUGGCGAUGUUGGCCUACCAUCCCAUGAUGGAACUGUGAAGAGCGUAGUUUGGGUUGGAGAACAUACCGGUGUAUCGGCUGGCGAAGAUGGUAUCAUCAAAUGGUGGGACCUGCGCACACGAAAACUUACAACAACUAUGACAUUCCCUAAUCCUAUAACCUCGAUGGAACUAUCGCCGCAAACCAAGCGUCUGGUCGUGACAUCGGGAAAAACUGUCGCAUUUAUACCUGCUUUACCUAGUGGUACUCCAACACAUAGUCUCAACCUAGCGUACUCGCCAUCAUCCGCAUCCGUCCACCCUAUCCUUCAAGACCGCUUUGUCACAGGCAAUCUUGGUGAUGAGUGGGUCAGGGUCCAUGGAAUGGAUGGGGAGGAGAGGGAGAUCUUGAAGGGCCAUCACGGACCCGUCCACUGCGUCGAGUUUAGCCCUGACGGUGAAGUAUAUGCAAGCGGCAGCGAGGACGGUACGAUUCGGCUCUGGCAAACAACACCCGGGAAGGCAUACGGCUUGUGGCAAGGUAAUGCUAAUGCUGGUUAG